GGCCAGAGCCGCCGCCAUGCACCGCCGAGGGCCGGCCUGCGGGCUGCUGCUGCUGACCCUGGUCCUCUGCCGCUCGCACCGGGCGCGUCCCCGGAACGUGCUGCUGCUCCUCGCGGACGACGGAGGCUUCGAGAGUGGCGCCUACAACAACAGUGCCAUCAGCACCCCACACCUGGACGCCUUGGCCCGCCGCAGCCUGACCUUCCGCAAUGCCUUCUCCUCCGUCAGCAGCUGCUCCCCCAGCCGAGCCAGUCUGCUCACCGGCCUGCCCCAGCAUCAGAACGGGAUGUACGGCCUGCACCAGGACGCCCACCACUUCAACUCCUUCGACAAGGUGCAGAGCCUGCCGCAGCUGCUCGGCCGAGCCGGCGUUCGCACGGGCAUCAUUGGGAAGAAGCACAUAGGGCCCGAGACGGUGUACCCUUUCGAGUUUGCAUACACGGAGGAGAAUGGCUCCGUCCUCCAGGUGGGACGGAACAUCACCAGAAUUAAGCUGCUGGUUCGGAAGUUCCUGCAGACUCGGGAUGACAGGCCCUUCUUCCUCUACGUCGCCUUCCAUGACCCCCACCGCUGUGGGCACUCCCAGCCCCAGUACGGGGCCUUCUGUGAGAAGUUUGGCAACGGCGAGCGCGGCAUGGGGCGGAUACCAGACUGGACCCCGCGGACCUAUGACCCACAGGACGUGGUGGUGCCUUACUUUGUCCCGGACACUCCCGCAGCUCGAACUGACCUGGCCGCUCAGUACACCACCAUUGGCCGCAUGGACCAAGGGGUUGGACUCGUGCUCCAGGAGCUGCGCACAGCAGGUGUCCUGAAUGACACCCUAGUGAUCUUCACGUCCGACAACGGGAUCCCCUUCCCCAGCGGCAGGACCAACCUGUACUGGCCGGGCACAGCUGAACCCUUGCUGGUGUCAUCCCCAGAGCACACGAAACGCUGGGGCCAGGUCAGCGAGGCUUACGUGAGCCUCUUAGAUCUCACGCCCACCGUCUUGGACUGGUUCUCCAUCCCUUACCCGAGCUAUGCCAUCUUUGGAUCAAAGCCUGUGCGGCUCACUGGCCGGUCCCUCCUGCCGGCGCUGGACGCAGAGCCGCUCUGGAACACUGUCUUCGGCAGCCAGAGCCACCACGAGGUCACCAUGGCCUACCCCAUGCGCUCCGUGCACCACCGGACCUUCCUCCUCGUGCACAACCUCAACUUCAAGAUGCCCUUUCCCAUCGACCAGGACUUCUACGUGUCGCCCACCUUUCAGGACCUCCUGAAUCGCACUGUGGCCGGCCGCCCCACGGGCUGGUAUAAGGAUCUCCACCAUUACUACUACCGGGAGCGCUGGGAGUUGUAUGACAGGAGCCAGGACCCCCGCGAGACCCGGAACCUGGCUGCCGACCCCCGCUGUGCGCAGGUCCUUGAACUGCUGCGGACCCAGCUGGCCAAGUGGCAGUGGGAGACCCAGGACCCCUGGGUGUGCGCACCUGACGGGGUUCUGGAGGAGAGGCUCUCCCCCCGGUGCCGUCCCCUCCACAACGAGCUGUGAGCAUCCUUGGGGGCACCUGGGUGGCUGUCCCAGACCGGGUCCCCACGUGCCCCAUGGGAGGAGGGCUCUCCCGGACGCUGGUGUCAUUCGGCUGCUGCCUGGAGGGGAGAGAGUGUGUGCCCUGGCCCUUCGUCCCCCCGUGACAGGGAACACUGCUUUCCUUGUGUCUCAGCACGGGAAUUCAGGGGAUCUAGGAACAGGGCGGGGCCCCCAGUCUGUGACAUGUAAGGAUGGUCGUGAUCGGGUUGGGACCUGGGGCUUGAGGUCCUCUUCCCUCCUUGGGGCCCCCACAUGUUCCUGUAUCCUUCGUCUGAGAGGAGAUGGGGCAUCCGGGUAUCGCGUGGGUGGCAGGAGGGUUCAGACUACACUCCGUGUAGGGACACAGUAUCUGCCUUUUAUCAAUCUCUGGUUUUGAAAAAAACCUGUGACCAAGCCUGGGGCUUGUUUUGCUUUGCCCCUCGGUCAAGUUCCUGACCUUGGCUGGGUUUCCACGAGGCCACGGAUUCCUGGUGGGCUCCCUGCACACCCGGUUUCAGUCCGUGGUCUGUAAGCCAAGCUCGUCCUUCUUUUUGGAUGUCCGAGGCUGAAGAGCCUGUCCUCUGGCUCGGGCCGGCUCUGUCCGGUUGGACAUGGGGCUGUGGCACGGAUGUUGCUCAUAGAUGCUCCAGCCCUGCCCGGCGUUCCCCUGCUGUCCCUGGACGCAGAAGCUCGCCCUGGAGAGCCUAGAGCUCGGGGUCUUUUUCCCUUGAGUGGGUGGGCUUCUGCCCUCCCCUCCCCCACAAGUCCACCCUGGGGGCAUGGACGGAGAGCCACAGUGCCCAGUGCUGUAAAGCUUUGUAUUUUAGUAAAACAUGCACAAGGUC